AUGUGGGCUUUUUCUGAUAAAGAGCUCGAUACGAAGCUGAGGACGAUUCUGAUUUCGGAAGCUGGGAAAACUCUUCUUGAUCUUGACCCAACACUUUUUCCUGUUGAGAAGCUUCUACAACUUCUCGACAAACAUUUCUACUUCCUGUUAACGGUGGAACAGUCACCUCCCUCAUCAAUUAAGAAUGCUCUCUCUCCGUUGAUGAAAGCGUUAUCCGCUGAAACACUCUUGAAGCAUUCAAAUGUCGAUGUCAAACUCUUUACCGCUUCCUGUAUCACUGAGGUUCUGAGAAUAAAUGGUCCAGUUGCUCCAUAUGAUGAUGACAAGAUGAAGGAAGUAUUCCAGUUAAUUGUCUCAUCAUUUGAACACCUAGAUGACAAAUCUAGUCUCUCCUAUACCAAACGGACAUCCAUCCUUAAUACUAUGGCUAAAAGCCAAGUAUGUGUUCUGAUGUUGGAUCUUGGUUAUGAUGCACUUCUCAUUGAGAUGUUCCAGCAUUUUCUCAAGGGUCUAAGGUAA